AGCUUAUCCUUAUUGCUUCCAAUCGGCGUACUCUUUUUUACCAUUUCCUUCUUUUCUUUUCCUUUAACUUGUUCUUGGCUUCAUCGCCACCUGCUCAAUGUUUAUACGAGCAGAGAAAGGACCUUGAUGUCCCUUCUAUAUUAUGUCUGCGGUUUUUUUCUUUUUCUUUUCCGACAACUGACAACAAUUAGAGCUAUGGCUUUGCUUCUGUUUCUCAGUUUUUCAUGUUUAUUUUCCAGUGGUUUUUUUUUCUUUUCUGUUCUGCUUUUCUCGGGUGUUUAGGUUUGCAUUUUUCUGCCUCUUUUUUUUUCUGUCUUUUUUUUCUUUUCGUUGUAUCUUCUUGUUUUGCAUGUUGGGUGAUGGGUUGGUUGGGGAAAGAAAGGAAAAGGGAAAAAUCUCCAUUCUAUUUUUGUUUUUGCGGCUUUUUUUUUUACUGCUGUAAAGGACGAGAGCAUGCGGGAGGCGGGAAGGGACGGGACGGCGGGACGGUGAUUCUGCUUCUUCUUCUUCACCCUUAUGUUUGGGGGUUGGAAGGGGGAUAUGUAGGACAUCGACAUCGUGUCAUUAGUUUCUCUCUCUCCGUAUUGUAUUGCUUUGCUUUACUGUACCUACUCCGCGUGCAACUGGCUUGUGAAUUGCGUGUUGCAUUGCAUGUCUGUUUCCACGUUGUUUUGUGAUGUUUUGUGAUGCGAUGCGAUACGUCUUUGUUAAGUCACGGCUUUUAGGGUGGUUUGUGUGCUGGUGCUGGUGGUAGUGGUGGCGGUGUAAAUUAACUGGUCAUAACUAAUGAGUGGAAAUGCAGAGGUGGUU